GCUCCUCUGUUUGUUGACCGCAUGCAGCACUUAGCUCUAGUUUUAGAGGAAAAAUACAAAUGGAAAGAAUGGAAGUAUAUGUUUAAACUGAGUUCCUCUAAAAUAGCAUGGGGUGUACACAAGCUACGCAGCUACAAGUCAACACUUUCCAGUAGUAUAGAACAGAUGGUAAAACUGGUCAACAAAGAAGAAUUCACAGCCACAGUGGCAGCUCUGGGGUUAUGGGACAAGGGAGAUAUGACCACAUCCACAGUAGACACCAAGUAUGCCAGGUUAAGUUCUGUAGAAUCUUUGUGCAUUCCUCCUCCAUCCAAAAAAUGUAUGCUAGCUCAGAAAGCGCUGGAGUUAUUCAGGAAGAAACAGAAUACGGACAUGGUCUUUGAAAUCAUUCUUGUUCGAGAUAUGGGAGACAUUGUGAUUGACCACACUCAUGGAGAUCCUAUUGAGAGACAGGAGGAUGACCAUGAUGUAGAAAUCCAUCAGAUUCCCGCCCACUGUGUCAUCCUGGCAGCCCGCUGUAACUGGUUCUCACGGGCUCUACUCAGUGGGAUGAGGGAGUCCAUAGACAAAAAAAUAACCAUACAUGAUACAAACCCCGAGAUCUUCAGCAUGUUUAUUGAGUUUUUGUACAGUGGUGCUAUUCAGUCUGAGUCUUUGUCCACCGAUCAACUUACAGAGUUACUUACCUUGGCAGAUAGAUAUGAGGUGAACAACCUUGGUCAGGUGUGUGAGCAGAUCUUACUACACCAUGUAGAUGGUGACACGGCUUUGUACCUUCUCAGUAUUGCUGACCAGUUUCAGAAAAAAGUACUCAAGGACAAUGUUUUGAGUUACCUUGGAAACCAUCCAGAUAUGAAGAAUGGUGAAGUCUUUAGCCAACUGCCCCCACACCUCCGUACAGAAAUAGAGGACGUUAUAAAGGAGGAAGGGGAUGUUGUGGGGAGUGGUAGAGUUGAAUCCAGCAGCUUAUCUAGUCAGGAGGAUGGGGAGAUAAUUGGUCAGGUGCAGGUGGCGGGCAGCAGGAGGUAUUCAUCCUCUUCGUCGUCUUCCUCCUGUUUUGACGAGUACGGUGGAGUAGGCACGGAUCACGCCCGGCUAGCUGAGUGUAUCUCCGCCCUCCGUGCUGUGAUUGGAGAUGACGUACCAGAGGAUGACCUCAUUCAGUUCGCAUUAGCUGCUGAUUAUGAUGUCAGUCGAGCUAUAAAUUUCUAUUUCCAGUCAGCUUAAUGUUAAUAAACAAAUUCCAUUGGACAUUCCUUCAGGGUUUUGAGCAAAACCUCUAGGCUGAAAAUAUGCUUAUAUUUUCCCAAAAUGUAGUGAAAGUUUUUCCAUAGAAAUCCUUACAAAAUAUUUGAUCAGAAUUUGUUUAUUGCAAAAUGCAAGCAGAUAUUGCUAAUCAGCCAUAUUGUAUUUUCCUUCUUAAUUAGACAAUGUAUUCCCCUAUUAUUCAUGACAAUGUUAAAAAAUGUAGAAAAACAAACGGUGAUCAAUCUCAAAAAAAAUUUAAAUAUUACAAAUCUGUGACACAACUAUUGAUAUGGCUUUUACAUUUAAGAGAUGCAAUUGCUCAAAAAGAAAAAAUGUUUGCAUUUUUAUGUGCCAUGAAAUAGUCAUUAUACAAAAUUUCUUUCAACAUGCAGACUUAUUUACUAUAUGUUAAAAUGAGAAAAAUAUAUAUCAAGGCAAAUUUUUGAAAGGUCUAGAUUAUUGAUAUAAGGCUUCUGUGGGGUCCUAUAUGACUUGGUUACUAUUCUUGUUAAUAUUUAUUGUGAGUCAUUUGAAAGUAAAUGCUGUAAACCAACUUUCUGAAAGCAUAUUUUUCAAUUGUUAGCUCACCAGAGCUGAAAGCUCAAGUCAGCUUUCCUGGCUCUGAUUUUCUGAAUACAAGGGAGAUAAUCAAGAAAAAGGUGGAGUUAGAGAAAAAUUUUCUGAAGAACCACUGGUCCAGAAAAGCUGAAACUUAUGUGGAAGCAUCCUGGGAUAGUAUAGAUUUUAUAUUGGUCAAAUUUUGACCCUCAGGGUUAGGACAGGGCCACAACAGUGAAUCAAGUUUAACAAUGAAAUAAGUUGAAAAAAUCUUUAAAAAUCUUCUAAGGAACCACUGAGCCAGAAAAGCUAAAACUUAUAUGCAUCUAGGGGUAGUGUAGAUUUCAUAUCAUCUGAAUCAUCACCCCAGGAGGUAGGGUGGGUCAAAAUAGGUUUUACAAGGGGAAAUCUGGCGAAGAACAACAUGGCCAAAGAUACUUAGGUGAGCGAUGCGGCCCAUGGGCCUCUUGCUCAGUUUAAAAUUGAAAUGUCUCUAUUUUUAGUUUAUGCAUAUGAGGAAGUAUGAUGCAUAGAUAUAUUUACACUUAAAAAUAUUUAAUGAUUUAUUGCUUUGAAUUUUUUGAGAAAGAAAGUUGCAAAACUUUCAGAUAUUUCUUGCAUUUGAAGAAAAGUUGGUUCACAUUAUAUGAAAAUAAUUGAUAAAAUGUCACUUAUAGAUGUGUAUUUUAUUUUACCAUUUUCUGCUUCGUCAUUUAAUGACAUUAUUUAUUGCAUCAUCUGUGAUAAGAUACUGUAAAUGUAUUAUAUUUGGCGUGUACGAUAUUUGGCGGAAAUUCAAUUUUCAACAAGUUAGUGUGGAUUUGAUUUAGCGCUGUCUGAAUUUGCUAGUUAUAAAAGUUAAUAUACAAGACAUUUAGCGAUGUACUUGAAUUAGCGGACUCUGCUUUCCGCAAAAAUCGCUAAAUAAAACACACCGCUAAAUGUAAUACGUUUACAGUAUUGGUCUGUUCUAAGUGGAAGAGGAAUCUCCGUGAGGCCCUCAUUUGAACUGUUCUAGUUAAACAUUUUGAUCUUGUCAAUUUUUGAAUGCUUUUAAUCCACUGCCUCUCUAGAAUUUUGUAUUUCUUUAGGAAAAUUAUAUUUUAAAAGAAUUAUUUAACAUUAUAUUGUUAAGUCCAUUUUUAUCUGUUUUGAUUUACAUAUUUGUUUGUAAUAAAAUGGAAUAGUU